AUGUGAAUUGCGAUUGAUGACAAACUACAAACUGACACAAUAUAAAAGCCGAUGCAGUGGUAGGUAACUAGGAAGUUUAAAGUUUAUUUUUCGAACAAAUAUAUAUCUUUGACUUAGUUCCCGAUUGCAAAUAUUUCCUUAAUUUAUAUAGAAAGUCCUCUCAAGCAAAGUGAAUUGCCUCUAACACAAUGGAAUUUCAUUUGAAUAUCUUCACUUUAAAUUGUUGGGGGAUACCAGUAGUAUCAAAAAAUCGAACAGAACGUUUUGAAGCCAUAGCUAAGUACUUACAAGAAAGUUCUCAUACAAUAGUCUGUCUUCAAGAAGUCUGGAGUGAAAAAGAUUAUUUAUAUUUAAAAGAUUGUUUGAAAAGCAACCUCCCUUAUUCACACUACUUUUACAGUGGUGUUCUGGGGUCAGGUCUGUGUAUAUUCUCAAAAUGGUUAAUGCAAGAUGUGUUCUUCCACCAAUGGCCCUUAAAUGGUUACAUUCACAAGAUACAUCAUGGAGAUUGGUUUGGAGGUAAAGGAGUUGGUCUCUGCCGUAUUAAGUAUGGUAACAGACUAAUUAAUGUAUAUUGUACACAUCUCCAUGCAGAGUACCAUGAAGAUGAUAUUUAUUUGGCUCACAGAAUGUUACAAGCCUAUUCAACAGCUGAGUUUGUCAACUUGACUGCAGCACCCGCUGACAUAUCUAUACUAGCUGGAGAUCUCAACACUGGACCUGGAGAUUUAUCCUUCAAGAUAGUCACGCAGUUACCGCCUUUGGUAGACCCAUUCACUGAGGACCCAACUAAACCAAAAACCUUUGGAACUUGUGACAGUGCUAAUAAUAGCUAUUCAGAUCCUAAUCAAGUGAAGAUUUGUCCUGAGGGAAAGAGAAUAGAUCAUAUUUUAUAUAAACUCAAUCCUGCUUGGGAGGCUGAAGUGAUCAAAUUUGGCAACCCAUUACCUGAUAGAGUGCCUGGCAAAGACUUCUCCUAUUCUGAUCACAAUGCAGUCUCUGUUGAAUUACUUGUGAAGCCAGUUGACAAUAAAUCUGCAGAAAAACAAACGAACAUUGGCGACACCUUCGAUGACACGGCUACCCAAGCUAUAAAAGUUUGUGAAGAAGCAAUGAAUAACUUGUCUAAAUCUAAAACACUGUACUUGACAGUUGGUGGGUUGAUCCUAAUGUUCCUUAUUGGUACUGUUGGCUAUUGGCCAAACAGUAUAAUUUAUGACGUAAUCAAACUGUUCAUCACUGGACUUUGUUUCUACUAUCUUAUAAUGGGAUCACUAUGGCAUAGAAUCGAAAUGAACAGCUUGAAGGCUGGAUUGACUGCUUUGGAAAAUUUCUGCAGGACAAGGAUUGAAUCAAAGAUGGCCACUGACUAAACUCGGCUUCAAUGCAUACCGAUGAUGAAUGACUUACUAUCUAAAGGCAUAUCAAAGAGUACAUAUUAUAAUAUAUUGAUAAAUUAAAUACAAUAUUAUUAAUAAGGAAUUUGAACAUUCCUCUAUUAUCCGCGUUAUAACGUUCUUAUGAGGCUGUUUACUUAAUAAUUGAUUAGACAAUAAGUAAAUGAAGUAAUGAUAUAUAACUAGGCAAUUAUUACCAUGGAAUAGUAAGAUUGUGAGCUGGCCUAGAAAUGUAAUGAUAAUUCAUAUAUGCAGUAUUUCUUGUUAAUCACACAAUACUAUAUUGAUCUUGACAGUACCACGCUAUAAUUAUACUAAUUGCUAACUAAUUAAAUAAUCUAUAAUGUACUUUAUUUUAUGAAUGACUAUUUUAAUGUAUAUUAUGUAAUAAUCUAAUUGUUCUUAUCUAAAUCAAUUGAGCAUUUAAAGCAUUUCAUGAUCUCGAACUACUAAUUCCAAUGAAGUUACUUCAAUAUUCUCUUACUGCUGAAGGUAUUUAAAUAAUAAAAUCGAAAUUCACUUUUUAACUAAGCAUAAGUAGCUAGUCGCAUAGAGCACGAACUAAGAAAGAGUACUAUUUUCUAAAAAUAAUACACAUGUUCAAAGAAACAAUAAUAUUAAACUUGUCUGUUUUCCUUCAAGCAAAACAACAUGCACUAAAAAUACUUACUUGGAAGUUAUUUAACUAAAUAGACAUUACAGCCUUUGGGCAACCUUUUUUUUAGUACCUACUGAAAGAUUAGAUCUGAGGAGCCUUUUUCCUUUUGGUCAUAUUUUGGAAUUUUCACUACAAUAAAGCAAUGCAACGUG